AUGAGGGGAUGCUGCGUCGUUAUUAGCGGGAUGAUGAAUUGGGAUAUUAUUCCGUCAGAUGAAAAUUACAAGGGAUUCGGACGGGGGCUAACGGUGGGCCCAACGCCGACAGAUUCUCGCCCAACAUUUAAAAUGGCCGUGUAUACUACAUCAGAUUACGAGCGCUCUAGAUACAGCGGAAACGGCGCGUCUCUCCCUGAUGAUUAUCUGUUUAGUUACAGCUCGCGGCCUUCUAAAUUGCUUCCAAUUUGUUCAACAAACGGCACUUUAUCUUCCUCUGGGUAUUUCUCAUCCCUUUACCUUUUCAAAGAUAAUGUUUACUCUACAUCACUGAAUAAGGAUUUUCAGGUCGUGUAUAAAUCUUUUCAAGAUUUAUGGAAACUGGGCAAACAAAUCCAAUUAUUUCGUUAUUCAUAAUUUAUUUAUAUAUUCACAUUUAA